AGAGCGUUCAAUAAAGAUGCCGAUGUGGCCAAAACAAGACCCUAACCUUCUAAUCUCUCCUUUUUAAUCAGGUAUUCAAAAUGAAAGCGUUUAUUCUGGCUGUGGUUUUUGCGUGUGGCUUUGCUGCAGGGAGUGAAGACGAGAGGCUGCCUAAUAAAUGUGAAGUGUGUAAAAUUCUGACCACGGAGCUGCAGGAGGCUCUGGAGAAAACGGGUCGCUCCAAAGAGGUGCUGGAGGUGGGAGAGGUGUUGGACACGGGCAAGAGGAGGAGGAAGAUUAGAUACAACACCUCAGAAACUCGGCUGACGGAGGCAGUGGACAACAUAUGUGAGCGCAUCCUGCAGUAUAAAGUUCACGCUGAGAGGCCCGGUAGUCUCAGAUACGCCAAGGGUUCCAGUCAAACCAUGAUGACUCUGAAGAAUCUGGUCAACAAAGGAGUGAAAGUAGACCUGGGUAUGCCCUAUGAGCUCUGGGACGAACCGUCUGCUGAGGUGACAGACAUGAAAAAACAGUGCGAGACAAUGCUGGAGGAGUACGAGGAGGUGGUGGAGGACUGGUACUUCCACCAUCAGGACCGGAGGCUGGAGAACUUCCUCUGUGAGAACCACGUCCUGAAGACGUCAGAGCAAGACUGUCUGAAGGAGGUGUGGAAAGGUGACACGGGCGAUAAAGGAGGAGCUGAAGAAGUAAGCGGAGCGGAGAGAGUGGAGAGCGCUGCACACGACGCUGGAGAACUCUGAGGAAAAAACAUGAAAGGAGAGAGGAUUACGCUACACUCCAGCAUUAAACUGCAGCUGCAGCUCCAAGGACAAAGGCAGAAAUUAUCUGUGCUUAUGGGACAAUCUUUACUUUUAGAAAUAACACUUUUUUUAUAAUUUAUACAGAUUUUGCAUCAUUUUACUCCCAUUGCACCAUGUACAGUUUUAUAUACUGGA